GACGCGGCUUCGAACUUGCGAAGCUUCCGAUCCUGGUGGCCCACGGCACAGAUGCUUUUAGUGGAAGUGAUGAUAGGCUGGACUUUUUGAUACGCGAAACGAGUCCGAUUCCGACGACGUUUCAUAUUUUAGUUACGAAUAAUUUUUUAUUAAAAUUUUUUUUUUUAUUUUUCUACUGCUGAAAGUUAUGCAACGAAGCUCUUCAUUAGUUGUAUUUCUUGAAAUUAUUAGUUCACAUUCAAAUUGGAUUGGAGUAGUGCGAAUUUCCGUUUUUAUGACAAUUUUGUAUCCACUCUUUGUUUGAAAUUAUUACAAACUCCGAGAAAACUACGGCUACAUCGACACCACCGAUGUGAUAACAGUUGUUCGGAAUCUCAUCAAAGCACGAUGUGUUAAUCCCUAAUCCGUUUGACUUCCCUUAACAAAGUGAUAGUGCAUUCAUGACAGAGUUUUGCGAAUGUACAUGGAUACGUAUUGUGUGGAGUGCUUAAAAUUCGUGCAUUUCAUGUUCAAGUUAUAUUUUCUGCGGGAAAACAGGAGCAAUUUUAUAAAUAUGCUAAUAUUGGUGGUUCGAAUGAGCGAACAAACAUGUAGAAUAAUAAAAAUCUAAAUAAAUAUUCUCGAGCGAUCAGACAUUUUUUUUCAAAUAUGCGAAAUGGAGUGGGAUCUCUUUUGCCAGCUUCGAGAAUUCCUCCUAGAUAAUGCACUUGGGGCUCAGCAAAGGACAGGAUGAUAGGGAGAGCAGCGAUAAAAUGAACGAAACCAUAACGCUGGACGAUUAUGGGAUGGAAGUAGCUACAGAGGUCACGGACUCGAAUAAUAUUUGGCGGAAUUUGAGCACAUACGAGAGCUCACUGAGCUGCGAUGAAUUUUUACCGUCUGGCAGCGCUCUCGCAGCUACUUGGUUUCAGACCACAGUUUAUUUCUUCUACUCGAUCAUAUUCGUGAUCGCGUUAUUGGGGAAUGGCCUCGUAUGUUACGUCGUUUUCAGUAGUCCUCGGAUGAAGACAGUGACGAAUUUUUUUAUCGUCAAUCUCGCAGUCGGUGACAUACUGAUGGCUGUAUUUUGCGUCCCAACGAGUUUCAUCAGUACCCUCAUCCUUCAGUACUGGCCUUUUGGACACGAGCUUUGUCCAAUCGUCAAUUAUUCGCAGGCAGUGUCGGUGCUCGUAAGCGCUUACACAUUGGUAGCGAUCAGUAUCGAUCGUUACGUGGCGAUAAUGUGGCCGCUGAAACCACGUAUGAGUAAGACUCAGGCAAAGUUAUUGAUUUUGGCGGUGUGGUCGAUAGCGUUGAUAGUUUCAUCCCCAAUCGCAGUUGUGUCUCGACUUCAUCAGCCAAACGAUCAUUACCGAAAAUGCGAUCAAUUUAUAUGCAAAGAGGAUUGGCCAUCUACACAACAGAGGUAUCACUACUCCAUAGCACUUCUAGUUCUGCAGUACCUAGUCCCUCUGAUCGUGCUUAUGUUCACGUACAGUAGUAUCGCCAUCAGAGUGUGGGGUAAACAUCCGCCUGGGGAGGCUGAAAAUACGAGGGAUCAGAGAAUGGCACGAUCCAAGAGGAAGAUGAUCAAGAUGAUGAUGACAGUCGUGAUAGCCUUUACAGUCUGUUGGCUGCCCUUCAACGUACUCACACUCGUGUUGGAUAACAACAAUGAGAGGGUGAACAAUUGGAAGGGUUUGCCAUUUGCAUGGACUGCUCUUCACUGGCUUUCAAUGUCUCACUCCUGCUACAACCCUGUUAUAUAUUGUUGGAUGAACGCACGAUUUCGAACCGGCUUCAUAACAGCUCUUUCGAGGCUGCCGUGUGUCCGGAAGCUUUUCAACGAUCCGAGACAAGGAACUUACAACACGAGCAUGGCGGGAAUAGCGUUAACGGGAUUCGAGGCUGGAAAUCACUCGGUUUUGCGACGUAUUAACACGUGCACGACUUACGUCAGCGUAAAAAAAAAAACGAACGGCAGUCACGGUGUGCCAGUGAGAAGUGCGAGCUUCCGGAACACGGAAACUAUUCGCACUGUCCAACGUCCUUUGGAACGUCAUUUCAUACGUCUAGAUUGUCAGAACGAAGAACAAAUGUGAGAGCGCCGAAAAUUCACGUGAUUCCCUACCGACGGUUAAGAGCUCCGUUGAAUAUCUUUUUAGCGAGAAAUACUCUUAAGUUAAAGUGCACGAUAAGGAAAAACAAAGGUUUAGACCUUCGAGUCAUUGUACAAAUGGAAACUCACGACAAAAUGUGUUUCGUGAUCGAUACAAAGCGAGAGUUCCUUCAGUUCUUUAAGUUAUUUUUCUAUUUAUAUUUUUUUACGUGACCAUUCUCUAGUCUCCAAUCGCCAAAUGUGAUUUGAGUACCAAAGAUAAAUAUUUAAAGGCCAAUAAAAUUAUUUAGUUAAGUUUUUAUACGUGAAAUCAUUAAGUCUCAGUUUGAAUUGUCAAAUGAAGAUUAGAAAAAAAAUUAACCAAAAGUUAUUCUUGGGCCUAAUAAUGUUACACAACUGAAAGUGAGACAAAUUUUACAUCGAAGAAAAACUUAAUAUUCAUCAACUUGUUCGGUAAUGAAUCUAAAUUAUGUGCGAAUAUUCAAUAAGAUAUGCAAUUUGUAUGUAUAAAUAAAUAGUUAUGAAAUUGUGUAGUUUUUUUACUCCCAUAUACAAAACAAACUUUCACUUUUAUUAUUUAAGAGUAAAUGGUUCUUGAGGGCUUGCACGUACCAGGGCCAGCGAAAAGAAUCAGAUUUUGAAUCGGUUCUUUAUCAAAAAUAUAAAUCACGAAUGAAUACCAGAAAUCAAUAAAAGUUGGCAAGGGUAAAAUGUUUUGUUUGUCUUAAUUAUGAAAAAUGUUUUACAGAAUUAUUAAUUAUGUGUGUGUGUGUGCACAAGUCCUCAAAUGAGAAAAAAAUGAAAUUACAAAAAUAUCUAUUUAAGAGUGAAAGCGUAAAAAGUGAAAAAGGUUAACAUACGAAUAUAUUUUCUUCAAGUAAUUGGGAACCUCGAGCAACACGCGAAAUAGUCCAGAGAGAAAAGCGAAAUGACUGAAUUUCAAGAAAUCAACGAAUGUUAAAUUCUUUUUUAUUCUAGCAGGAACGUAUCAAUUUUUUAACUAUCUGUGACACGACAAUUUCGAUGAAUCAUCUUCUGAGAAUCAUGGAUAUUAAAAAAGUUAUUGUUUUGUUGACGUCGAUGAAAUGGCUCAUUGAAUUUUGGUUCGAAAGUGGUCGAAAGAUUGUUUUUUAUGACGAUUAUUUUAUAUACCACGAUCAAAUUGAAUGUAUUAAUACUCAUUAUUUAUUUUAUGAUUUUAUACCAAUAUUGAAAUGGCACAAAAAAAUGUUAUACAAAAAUUCGGGAGAUGGAAAGAAAAACAUCACGAUAAGUGGAUCAACUUUGUGGGGUAUAAAAAUUAAAUGUAUAAAUAUUGAAAAAUAGGAUCCCCGCAUUAUUUUUGUUCUGGAUUGUGUCUGAAAAUGUUCACAGACACGUAGUUGGUUGUGCUUAUCUGCAGAACUUUGGUGCACUCUCUAUAUUCAUUGAGUGAUUACAGAAAUCGUAAAUAGAUAAAAAAAAGCGACGUCAUCACUGAUCGUAAAAUCUACAUGUACAUACAAACGAUAGAUGUGCUGUAUAAACUCCUUGCAACUUUUGUUUGUGUAUUCACGCGAAUGUUGACGCGUGUUAUAUAUGCUAAAGCGCAAAUUCGUUCAACUCUGAAGGGUGCAACGAAAACAUAAUAAUAAAAUAUUUGUACAAUAA